AUGUCUAAAAGACAUCGUUUGGAUUUGGGUGAUGACUACUCCAGUAAGAAAAGGUCUGAAGGGUAGGUGGGGCGUGACAGAGACUCUGAUCGAGAUCGCGGGGAUCAUUCCAGGGAUAGAGACAGAGACCGUGAUCGUGACCGCGACAGGGACCGUGACCGUGAGAGAGACCUGAAAUCUUCAAGUGCGCCAUCUAAAAGCACACCAGCCAUUAUCCCCAUGCCUCAGCUGAAACAGAUGGCCAUGCAGCAGCAGAUCAAUCCAUUCACCAACUUGCCGCACACGCCUCGUUAUUAUGAGAUCCUGAAGAAAAGGUUACAGCUUCCUGUGUGGGAAUACAAGGAAAAUUUUAGCGACAUCAUCACACGCCAUCAGAGCUUUGUCCUUGUGGGUGAGACUGGCUCUGGGAAGACAACACAGAUCCCACAGUGGUGCGUUGAUAUGGUGAGGAGCAUCCCUGGUCCAAAAAGGGCGGUGGCCUGCACUCAGCCAAGGAGAGUGGCAGCCAUGAGCGUUGCCCAGAGAGUGGCAGACGAAAUGGAUGUCAUGCUCGGACAGGAAGUGGGCUACUCCAUCCGAUUUGAAGACUGUAGUUCGGCUAAAACAAUACUGAAGUACAUGACAGACGGUAUGUUGGUAAGAGAGGCGAUGAAUGACCCUCUUCUGGAGCGAUACGGAGUUAUUAUUCUGGACGAAGCCCACGAGCGAACGCUGGCUACAGAUAUUCUAAUGGGAGUGCUGAAGGAGGUGGUGCGUCAACGAGCAGAUCUGAAGGUGAUAGUUAUGAGCGCCACGCUGGAUGCAGGGAAAUUCCAGGUGUAUUUCGACAGUUGCCCCCUGCUGACGAUUCCCGGUCGCACACACCCGGUAGAGAUCUUCUACACACCUGAGCCGGAGCGAGAUUACCUCGAGGCCGCCAUUCGCACUGUAAUCCAAAUUCACAUGUGUGAAGAGGAUGAGGGGGAUUGUCUUCUUUUUCUCACUGGUCAAGAGGAAAUUGAUGAAGCAUGUAAACGAAUCAAGCGGGAGGUCGAUGACCUUGGCCCUGAAGUCGGAGACAUCAAAAUCAUUCCACUGUAUUCCACGUUGCCACCACAGCAGCAGCAAAGGAUCUUUGAGCCACCACCCCCACGGAAACCCAAUGGUGCUAUAGGGAGAAAGGUCGUGGUGUCAACAAAUAUUGCUGAGACCUCUCUAACAAUUGACGGUGUGGUGUUUGUCAUCGAUCCUGGUUUUGCCAAACAGAAGGUGUACAAUCCUCGCAUCAGAGUAGAGUCGCUCUUGGUCACCGCCAUCAGUAAAGCCUCAGCCCAGCAAAGAGCAGGACGAGCCGGCAGAACCCGUCCAGGGAAAUGUUUUCGCCUUUACACAGAAAAAGCCUACAAAACAGAGAUGCAGGAUAACACGUAUCCAGAAAUCCUGCGUUCCAACUUGGGGUCUGUGGUGCUGCAACUGAAAAAGUUGGGCAUCGACGACCUUGUACACUUUGACUUCAUGGAUCCACCAGCUCCCGAAACACUGAUGAGAGCCCUGGAGCUGCUCAACUACUUGGCUGCGCUCAACGAUGACGGCGACCUGACCGAGCUGGGCUCCAUGAUGGCAGAGUUCCCCCUCGACCCCCAGCUGGCCAAGAUGGUCAUCGCCAGCUGCGAGUUUAACUGCUCCAAUGAGAUCCUCUCCAUUACCGCCAUGUUGUCAGUCCCACAGUGUUUUGUGCGCCCCACGGAGGCUAAGAAGGCCGCAGACGAGUCCAAGAUGAGGUUCGCUCACAUCGACGGUGACCACUUGACUUUGCUCAACGUCUACCACGCUUUUAAGCAAAACCAUGAGGCAAACCAGUGGUGCUAUGACAACUUUGUUAACUACCGCUCGCUGAUGUCUGCUGACAACGUGCGGCAGCAGCUUUCCAGGAUCAUGGACCGUUUCAACCUGCCUCGUCGGAGCACAGAGUUUACCAGUCGGGACUACUACAUCAACAUUCGUAGGGCGCUCUGUACUGGCUUCUUCAUGCAGGUGGCUCAUCUGGAGCGAACCGGUCAUUACCUCACAGUUAAAGACAACCAAGUGGUCCAACUCCACCCAUCCACAGUCUUGGACCACAAGCCGGAAUGGGUGCUAUACAACGAAUUUGUCCUCACCACCAAAAACUACAUUCGCACUUGCACAGACAUCAAACCAGAGUGGCUUGUGAAGAUCGCUCCCCAGUACUACGAAAUGAGUAACUUCCCACAAUGUGAAGCUAAACGACAGCUUGAGCGAAUCGUUGCCAAACUGGAGAGCAAAGAAUAUUCGCAGUACUAA